AGCGCGGCGCAGGCCGGGGCCUGGCGGGCUCAGGGCCAGCGGAGGCGGGAUGGCCGGGAACAGGCCGGCGCCUGGCCCCGGAACUGGUACAUUGCCGCGGGGACCGGCCCCUGCCUCAGCUCCAGGGCGUGGGCGGCCGGCUGCUCCUCCCCCUGCCCUGGCGGCGGUUCCCACGGAGACAGCGGGGUGCAAGCGCCUGGAGCCGCGCCGAGCAGCCGCCAGCCCCAGCCUGGCUCGCCUCGGCCCCGCAGGUGGCGGGUGUUAGCCGCCGCCCCAGACCCGCUCCCGGGGCCCUUCCUGGGCGCUCGCCCCGCGCUCUGCUGGGCUGUGGGCCGGGGUGACUCGCCCAGCCCGACCGGACCCUCCGGCUCCGCCAUAAAUAAGCCCCGUGCGGCCCGGCCCGGCCCGGCGCGGCGCGGCGCAGGGGCCCGCGCCGCAGGCAGAACCCGAAGCCCCGGGGAGUCAGCCGGUCGGCGCCGUGGGCCCUGCAGACAAGAUGGAGCAUUUAUCUGAAAAAGCAGCUGAACGGCUCCAUGCUGAAAUCAUUAAUGAAAUAGACACACCUCGCACCCACGACCUCAAGCUCUUACGGGCCAAGCGCUUAGCUUACUAUGGAAGGAGUGGAAGGACAAAGAUUUGCUCUUGUGGUAUGGAUAAUAAACUAAGUUCAUCAGCUUCCAGAGGAGCAGUUUUACAUUCUGCAGUGAGCACUAAAGAAGAAGAAAAUCAAACUUCCACAUUAAGUGGCUCUCAGCAACCUAAUGAUGCAACAAAUAGAAGAAAACUUUUAAUUCAGAGAUCAUCUGGAGUAAACCAUCAAGGAAAAGAACAAGAAACAAUUAUCAGAAAUCCGGAAACACAUAGCAAGUGUAUGACUCAGACCUGUAUUUCAGAAUUAGAUCAUAGACUACUUGAGUAUCUGACUGUUCCAGAGACACAGAAACUCCAGCAUAUUAUGAUUUGGGCACAAUUGUUUCUUAGUAAAUCUCAGCGAGCAGCUCAUAUGCUGAAAUUUUCACAGUUAUCUCAAGGACUUAUUUUGUCUCAAGACAAUGAAAGUGAAAUAGCACUAACUAGGGAAACUAGAAGCUCAUCCCGUUCUUUGUCACAAUCGACAGAUGAUUUUAACCUCAAUGCACAUGCUAAUAUUUGCAAGAGUUCCAGUUUUUCUUCAAUCUCUGAAGUUAACUCAGAACAUACAGAAAGGUGCCUUUCUCUUGACCCUUUAAGAAAUAAAACAUUAUCCCCUGAAAGCAAAUGUUUCUAUAACAUUCAGCCUAAUAAUAAUAAUCAGAGAAAGACAAUAAUUAGGAUCAAGAGAGAAAGAAGGGACCCUGAGAUCUCCCCGGGUAUUUUGGGCCAACUUGCACUUGCUGAUGAAACCUGGAACAGCAAAGAAAAAUCAAAAUUUCAAAAUAUAGGUGAGAAAAAUAUGUGGUCAGAAAUACAUAGUGUCCAGCCAGAACCUCAAGUUGUGUGUAAAACUGACAAUUAUUCAGGUAAAACCGCAGAGGCUCCAUGUGAGGAUCCUAGUACUUAUUUUUGGGCUCCCCUAGUUGAUAGCUCAGAUGAGGAAUUCACAGACAGAAUUGUGAAGACAAAAAGAUCAAAUAGGUCUGGUGCUGAGAUUAAGGAGCACAAAAAAUCUUCAUGCAGCAUAUUUUCAUUUAAAGAAAAAAAUAUAAAAUAUUUGAGUUCUGGUGUGCUGGGAGGUAGUAUUGCCUCCAUGAAGAAGACGUACAACAAUGGAAAAUGGUCCAUGGGAGAAAAGCACAUAUUAGAGAACAAAGAAAAUUAUAAACACAAAGGUUUUAAUUUGGCUUUAAAGACUCAUGGCUGCAGUGAAGGCAAGGUUAUUGCAGGUAGCAUCAAGGAAGAGGCUGAAAACAGAUGUAUCCCCUUCGCUAGUGAAUCUGAGGUAGAAAAUGAUGAAUUGGAAGAUCUGGUGGUAGAUUUUACACCUCUGAAGAGAGAUACAGAUCAGAGAAAUGAAUCAAGAUUCAAGGAUAUGGAAAACUCAGAUUACACUGUUGAAAUGAGAAAAUGGAUUGGAGAAAAGCAAACAGACAGUAUCUUCAGUAGCACAAGUUUUUACAAGAGUAUGGGUAAAGGAAAUAACUACAAGAAAGCUCAAAAAGAAAUAGAGCUAAAGUGCUCUAAGAAAGAUCCAGCCAUGCAAAGUAGCAAUCCUUUGCUGAAUUCAUUAGUGAACCCUCCGGAACACACUUUUAAAGUUUGCCCUGGCUGUGCAUGCCUCAGUUAUCCAGAUAUGACUUGGUGCAGUGGAUGUGGUUGUGUUUUAUUAGGUAUAUUAACACAGUCUAGUAAAGACAAUAUGGAACAUAAAUCCAAAGUAUUCUUAGGAGAUGUGACUGAGAAGCAGAAGAAUGUUUUCAGUCAAGUCAUCACAUCUUCACAUGUUUCAGAAAGCAGCUCAGAGGAAUUCCCCAAACUCAGAGAAAGAAGUGAUGAUUGCCAAAAGAUAUGCUGGGAUGAUAAGCCAUUGUUAUAUUCAGACUGUGAUAUUAGUGUUUUGGAUCAGUUAAAUAAGGCCAGAUAUCUUCAUCCCAAAGAGAGAAACCAGCCAUAUUCUUUCCAAGAAUACCUUGGAUACUCUAAAGAGGAAAAGAUUGCUAAACAUCUUGAGGGUAAGGUGAUUGAGCAAGAGGAGACAGAAGAAACUCGCAAUGGUUGUGGAGCUACUGAUCUAAGCUCUGUUAGUGACAUAAAUCCUGAUGCCAUAGAAAAAGAAAACAGCCAUCUUGAAGAACAGGACACAUUUGUAGGAGAAUCUACUUUUAUGAAUCUUUUGGAUAAUCUUGAGUUGAACAGUAAAACAGAGCAGAAAAAAAGCCAAGUUUCAAUAGAUAGGAAACUCUCAAAAACCAAAAGCUUUCAGACAAAACAGACUGGUUCUAAGAGGUAUUGGGAGAAAUCCAGCAUUGCAUGGUCAUCUUACACACAUGGAGAACUGAAGCCAAGAUCACAGUGGGUACAGAGACCAGUCUCAGCUGAUGUGGGCAAGAAGAUGGUCUAUAUAUCUCAAAAUAUUCAGCCUUCAGGUUGCGUCAAUUCCAGACAGAUGAAGGCAUAUCCUCUCCCAAAACCUACCACAUCUGCAAAAGCUCAGCAGAAACCACCUAAAUAUCAAACCACAUCAGUAGCUUUUUUGAAGACUGCUAAUGCUUGCACUGACUCCAAGCAACCUUGCAAAAGUACAUUUCAAGGUUUUGAGGAAACAGUAAAUUGGGAUAGUAAAUGUGAGAGUGACCUCUCAGUGUGGCUGCUUCUUCCUGAUGAACUGUGGCUAUGCAUCUUCUCAUUGUUUUCCCAUAAAGAGCUUUCUCAGGUUGCCCAAGUCUGCCACCGUUUCCACCAGCUUGUGAGGGAUGAGUCCUUUUGGAGGGAGAUUCAGAUUAUAGAUUGCCAUUGCUUGAAUGAUGAGUGGCUGAUCCAGCUGGGACUACACCAUCCCCAGUGUUUCACUCUUUACCAUUGCCAUGAUGAAACACAGAGCAUUACUCAUAAGGGAUUAAAGAAGUUCUUUCAGCACUGCAGAGACUCUCUUAAGGAAUUGAACAUAACAAGCUGCAGUGGUCCUAGAUUGCAAGGGGACACAAUUCUUCUCCAUGCAAGCACCUUUUGCAGCCAGCUGAUAUCCGUGGAUAUAAGCUGGACAGGGGCUACUGAUUUAGGGGUCAUUGUUCUAGCAGAAGCUUCUUUAAGCCUCCAGAGCCUUUCUGCUAAUGGAUGCCAGCUGACAGAUGAUGCUAUAAAUGCCUUGGUUGAAAAGCAUGGGAAAAGUCUCAGUAAACUAGAAAUACUUGGCUGCCAUGCUCUUACUACCAAGUGCCUGAGUUCCAUGGCUAGAGAGUGUCCAAAUCUGCAGACGCUGAACAUUGGCAGAGUCUCCAAGGUUACUGAUGUCUGCUUGGCAAAGAUAGUGAAUUGUCUAAAAAAGCUAACUACACUCAAUAUAUCUGGGCUCAAUGUGGUAAGAGACCGUGUUGUCCACUUUAUUGUGACCCAGUGUCCUAAACUGGAGUGUCUGGUUCUCAGCUCCUGUUCACAAGUGACUGAUAUAAGCCUAGUGGAAAUUAGCACCUACCUACAAACAAUCAGGUAUCUUGAUGUCAGUGGCUGUAAAAGGGUGACUGACAUAGGAAUUCAAGCUUUGGCAGGGAGCUGCUGCCAACUUUAUUACCUCGAUCUGAGCUCUACAGGAACAAGCAAGAGAGGGGUCUGCUUGUUGGCCAGCUUCUGCCAUAUCAGCUUGGAAUGUGUGAAGCUCAGUUUCUGCAAGGAUGUUACUCUGGAGGCAGUUAAAAAACUCUGCCAAAACUGUAAAAGGUUGAAGUUGCUUCAUCUCUAUGGCUGCCGCUUCACUCCUGAUCUGGAGUCCAUUAAAGAAAUCAAUAAAACAGUGCGAGUGUAUCACAACCUCUGUCCCCCACCUGCUAACAUUUAGUUGAAUGAGGAACUCUGCCUAUUGCAUGGACACCUUGGCUUGUAAAUAUGACAGUGCUUCAACAAAGAGAUGCUAUAUCAGUUAAUCUUGUACAUAUUUUUACCUGUAAUCUCAGCACAGGUCUGGCAACCAUGAACUCCUGAACUGUAAGCCUGACACUGACUUAGUUUCUAGUUUUGCACAAGUCACUUACCUUUCUCACAGGGGUGUAGUGAAGAUAAUGCAGGUGAUACAUUUUUAAGAUGAGAAAUACAAUCCACAUGCUAAAUAUUAUUAGAUGUAUUAUCCUUGCUAUUUGAUUGGAAAGAAUAAAAACAUGGGUCAAAAUCAACAAUGAAAAAAGGAGUACAGGGUAUGUACUGCUGCUCAACUUUCAACUUCUUCGUUUUUGUGGGAUUGUGAUGGCUAUGUUAUGUGUGCACAAACAUUUAAUUGUUUCACAACAAGAUUUUCUGUGUAUGUGUUACUGUUUCCUGUUGUACCUGCAAUCUGCUUGGUGCUUUGCAAACAAAUGGCACAUCUCUGGCCUAAAGAGCUUAAACUGUCAAAAGACAAAACAAACAGGGAACAACAAACAGGUAAUGUGGCCAUGUAGUGACUGGUCACAUGUUGAUCAUACAAAGUUUUAAGGGCAGAAUAUAUAUUUACACACAAAACUGCACUAAAAGAACAUUAUCAAGAUUGCAAAGCUAAGUACUCAAAAGUUAGGAAAUGCCAGCAUUAAGGUUGCCUGUGCAAUUAAUAAUUAAUUAUCACCGUUCCUCGCUGCUCUGGGCUAUGCUGAGUCCAGUACCUGUCAAAAUUAGGGAUUCUCUCUCCUGUGCUGUAAAUGACCAUGCUGCUAUGGCCAGGCAGUGGGGAGGAGAAAGCUGCCUGACUCGAAGGUAGAGUAGAGGCCACAAAAGUUGGAUCAGCAGUGGGGGAGAGGAACAAGGGGCCUGUAACAGAGGCUGGCAGUGGGGUGAAGAGGGAAACUGGGACGGGAUGCUGGGGUAGUAGGGGAGACUAAGACUUGGAUCUGGGAGACUGGCUAGGUAAAGAGACUCGGUCUGGAAGCUGGGAGAAGACUGGGGCUGGUAACCUUAAUUAGGAUGCCCUUGUGCAUGCCACUGAGAAGAGAAUUUAGCCCCAGGAACUCUGUUUACAUACAUCUCUUCUCCUCUUUCCCAUUCCUGUUAGACAAUGUAAUAUGACACCAGAUAAUAUCAUAACUGUAGCCAAAAUUAGUAGGAUCCUUGUUUUUCCCCAUAAUAUAACUGAUUAUUUGAUAUGUAGUGGCAAAAUGCACAAUUUAACACUUCAGAGUGAUACUGUUUUAUACUGAGUUUAGACUGUAGCCAACAUAGCACCAGUGCAACUGAUUUUAUGUCAUAUGUACACUUCAAGUUCUGUUCAAACAGAAAAUUUUAGGUUGUGAUAUUAUGUUAGAUACUCUGUAUUCACACACAGACUCAUGAUUUCAUACCAUGCUACUGGCUUAUUCAACCAUACAUUUUCUGGUGCUGAAACAGGUUUUGAAGUGUGGUUGGAGUUAUAUUUUGCAGUAGGGGCUGGUACGGCAUACCGGUAAAAAGUGGCCGCAGGUACCGGUCCGUAUGCAGCCAAUGUUAAAAUGCUGCCGUGGUAACACUUUAAGCAGAGUCUUUUGCUGCGGCAGCGCUUUAAUGUUGAUGCCCCUUUUGCCCCCCCAUGGGCCGCCGACAGGGGCACCGGGGGGCAAAAGGAGCAGCUGACCUGUCCCCAGCCCCGUUGCUUCUGCCUGAGGCCCCACCCCUUCCGAGGGCCAGAGCUGGGCCCCGUACUAGUAAGUGUUGAAUGCUAUUUUCACCCCUGUUUAUAGUGAGACAAAAAGGGACUGAAAAUUAUCUCUCUGGUAUUUCUAAG